ACGAUCAUCAUCAUCAUCAUCUCGUCUUUCGAAAGUAGCCGUGCAUGUGGGUUGGUUAGAGACGACAUGGGAAAGGCGAGUCGGAUAAAAGUUACCAAACGAAGCAGAAAUGUGCCUUUGGACGAACAGAUCGAAGAGCGUCUUCCGGAUCCAAGACCGAAGAGCAAGACCCGAAAUCGCAUGGAUCAAGACGAGACGUUGGUGGAUGAGAAGCUAUCAAGAAAGAUCCUCGACCAGGCUCGUAGGCAACAAGAAGACUUAGAAGAAGAGUACGGCACAAAGAGUGGCAGAAAAAAACCUGUCAGUCUGAUGCCAGAUGAAAGCUCAAGUGAAGACGAAGCACCCGACGACACCUUCUACGAAACCAUUGAUGUGGACGAGGCAGACGAAAAGGCUAUGGAGCUAUUUAUGAACGAGAACACUUUGGCACGGAGAACGUUAGCAGACGUGAUCAUGGAGAAGCUACGGGAACACGAAACGGAAGUGGAGACUCGUUUCUCGGUCCCAAGGUUGGAUCCCAGGGUGGAAGAAAUGUAUCGAGCUGUCAAGCAGGUGUUGAGCAAAUACAGAAGCGGAAAAUUACCCAAAGCUUUUAAGAUAAUUCCUGCUCUCUCCAACUGGGAACAGGUCCUCUAUCUUACUGAUCCUGACUCAUGGACAUCAGCUGCAAUGUAUCAAGCCACCCGUAUAUUUACUUCCAACCUGAAAGAAAAAAUGGCACAAAGGUUCUUGAACCUUGUGUUGCUGCCACGAGUGCGAGAUGACAUUGCAGAGUACAAGAAGCUCAACUAUCACCUCUACCAAGCACUUGGGAAGGCCCUCUUUAAGCCUGCGGCAUUCUUCAAAGGGCUGUUGCUACCGCUUUGUCAGUCUGGAACGUGCACUCUACGUGAAGCAAUCAUCGUAAGCAGCAUCCUCAGCAAACACUCUGUGCCCGUGCUGCACGCGUGUGCAGCCAUGCUCAAGAUAGCCGAGAUGGAGUACACAGGAGCAAAUUCAAUCUUCUUGCGUGUGCUCCUUGACAAGAAGUACACUCUACCAUACAGGGUGGUGGAUGCUGUUGUAUACCACUUCCUCAGGUUUCAACAUGACAAGCGGGAACUGCCUGUGCUGUGGCACCAGUGCCUGUUGACGUUUGUACACAGGUACAAACAAGACAUCUCUUCAGAGCAGAAGGAAGCACUCAAGCACCUACUGCGCAUUCAGAGCCACCCAAAGGUUACUCCAGAGAUACGAUGCCAACUUGAGCACUCAAAGUGUAGGGAUGCAGAAAUUGAAUAAAUUUCAACUACCAGAGACA